AAGCGACAGGCGAUGGAGGUCACGCCCGAGGCGUCGCGAAGGAUCAAGGCGCUGUUGGACGCGAGGCAGAAGGAGUACUUGAAGAUUGGGGUGAAGACGCGGGGGUGCAACGGGAUGACGUACACGAUGAAUUACGCGGACGAGAGCGAACGGAAGAAGUUUGAUGAACUCGUGACGACGGAGGAUGGGGUGAAAAUAAUCGUCGAGCCGAACGCGCUGAUGAGCAUCAUCGGGACGAAGAUGGAUUACGUGAGCGAUCGAUUGAGGAGCGAAUUCGUGUUUGAGAAUCCAAACAGCAAGGCGCAGUGCGGGUGUGGGGAAUCGUUCACG